AUGCCGUCGUGGGGCAGCGUCUUCCCGCUCAUCGUCACUGCGGUGUUCCAUUUCGCAGCCAACGCGGAUGGCGUCGGCGCGGCGCCCGCACUGCCGCCCGCAGUGGGUCUGCACGGCCUGCGCGCCGCGGGGAAGGACCACAACAGCGCGCAGUACUACUACUCCCUGGACCCGCAGCACGGCGCCUACAGCUUCGCCUACGACACGGGUUCGACGGGGCACCAGUCGUUUAGAGAAGAGACUCGCACAGAGGACGGAGGCGUGCGCGGCAGCUUCGGCUACGUGGAUUCCGGAGUGCUGCGCGUCACCGAGUACACGGCGGACCAGCGUGGCUAUCGGUGUCAUCAAACAGUUCGUUAUCUAGUGGAACCUGGCCGCGGAACAUUUGUGCCAGCUGAAAAGCCUGAUGUAAACAAAGCUAGUCUGGAACCUGAGCGACUACCCAUUUCCAGUGGACAGUGGAACUUACAAAUGCAAUCCCAGAGUCAAGAAAAGAACUUGCGGCAUAGAUCCGCCACAGUGGAAAGAGACAACUCUGACUGGGAAACUUCUCGUCGGGCCAAACAAAAUCGUCAGAGUUGGAGUAAGACACGUCUAGCUCAACCAGCAAGAGUGCUGGGAAAAAAAGUCAUGGGCCAUUAUAAAGACUUCACCAGUGAACCAGCUGUUGGUGGAACUGCAGCAGUUACUGCCUGGGACUCAGCACACCAUUCUGAGCUAAGGGAUGAAGAGAUAUUUGGGUGGCAACAGCAACACAGACAGACAGACUCAACGCCCGCAGUGGGGGGAACAUUGGUGUGGCCUGUGACAGAAGAUGGAAUGAGAGUCGUGUGGCAGCCAUUUUAAAUUGAAUGAUAAAUACUACUAGGUUAACUUCCUUACAUUUUAAUUAAACAACUUGAGAAUAAAUGCAGUAUGACAGUGAUUUGUGAUGAUUUGAGACAAUAGUAAGAAUAAUUGACAAAAUUGUAUUAAUAUUAACUUUCCACAAUGUACAUGAUUGUAAAUGCAUCUUCACUCAAAAAAUCAACAGCAAUUGAUUGAUUAUUAAAAGAAAUAUCACAUUUU